UAAAAAUAAAAAACUAUGGCAUUGUUCUAUCAUCUUCUUAUCUUCUUCCUACUUACACUAGCAAAAUCCGAAGACCGGCUGGCAGAAUUCUGCAACAAUGACAAGACCUACACCCGCGCCAAAACAUCAUCAAACAUCGAUAAUGUACUCUCCCAACUAGUCGUGAAAACCCCAUUAUCUGGCUUCGCAAACACCUCCUUUGGCAGUGGCCAGGAUGCCAUCUAUGGCCUCGCCCAGUGUAGAGGGGAUGUGAGCACUGAAGAGUGUGUGAAAUGCACUGCCGAUGCAGCAAAACAGAUCCGCCAGGUCUGCACCAACCAAGCUGAUGCAAGAAUAUGGUUCGACUUCUGCUUCCUACGCUAUGACACUGAAGACUUUGUAGGGAAGUUGGACACCAGCUUCGGGGUGUUCUACUUCAAUGUGGAGAAUGCAACAGACCCAGAAGCUUUCGUUGAGAAGUUGGGAGGAUUGAUGGAUCGAGUGCGAGCGCAAGGGGUGGGCCCUACUAGUCGUGGGUUGGGUAAGGAUAAGCUCAAGUUCUCGCCGUUUGUGACCAUCUAUGCCUUGGUGCAAUGCACUGGAGAUUUGUCGAGACUAUCAUGUGCGCAGUGUUUGGCUACUGCGGUUUCAAGUUUUCAUACCUAUUGCGAAUAUAGGAAGGGUUGUCGCGUUCUUUAUAGCAGCUGCUACGUUAGAUAUGAGAUCUAUCCUUUCUUCUUCCCUCUUGAUUCCAGCAAGAAGGCUGAAGGUUCUUAUUCUAGGGCUAUUGUUCACCCUUAGGUUGCAUUUGGAUGAACAAGUCAAUUGGAUUGCAGAAAGUCUGACUAAUAAACAGCAAAUGACAAGAGAUUGUAAUUCUUCCUGGGAUCCAUGAUGAAGUAUCAUCCCUUGAAUUGCAGUUUCGAGCACAGAUCAAGAAUAUGAAUUCCAGAAAGAUAUUGCAAUUUCAUCA